GCGGGGAGAAAUCAAAUGAUAAACAGAAUGAUGGAUCCUGGACUCUCCUCUCCUCUCCCUCCCCCCCGCCCGCUCUCCUCCUUUCCUCACCCUCCCCUCCUCCCUCUGUCAUCCUCCUCCACCUCCUCCUCUCCUCUCCCUCCCCCCCGCCCUCUCUCCUCCUCCUUUCCUCACCCUCCCCUCCCUCUGUCAUCCUCCUCCUCCACCUCUCCUCUCCCUCCUCCCCUCCCUCUGUCAUCCUCCUCCUCCUCCUCUCCUCUCCCUCCUCCCCUCCCUCUCUCCUCCUCCUCCUCUCCUCCUCUCUGUCCAGAGCUCGACCUAUCGCUCCCUCUCAGCCACUGGGACCCACGCACCAAUAGAAAGGUCCCGCAGGAGCCUGUGCUUAUCACCGUUACCAAGGAGACCACAGAGCCUAGCAAUCUGCUUAGGAACAGCCACUCUCAUCGGAAGAAAACCAAGAGCCUAAGUAGCACUGUUCAUCGUCAUGGACGAGCAGACAAGCUGGAGGCGGGAACUCCACCUUCACUAUCCAAUGAAAAGCCAGGCUGUGUCAACUCACUAGAGGGGGCGGAGAUAAACACGUCACUGGCCUUUAGGGCGGAGCUACUGGCAUUACAGGCGGCGGAGUUUAACUCCCAGAAGGCCGUUCAGGAAACGCUUCAGAAAUCAACGAGAACUAAAAACACCAUAAACAGCAAGGUUACACAAGGUGUGAAUGUCUCUCGCUCACAGCCCCUCUACACCUCAUUGGUCAGUUUGGCGGUCGAGGAAGAUCAGCUGGUCGACGAGGCUGCACGUGAUAGGAUACGGCUUGCCCUGCCUUGCAGUCACCAUGACGACGAGGGUCCUACCCUCUCUCAGUUCUUCACCUCUGACCUCCUGAGAGAAAAGCCCCUCCUCCUGGGGGCGGAGCCACCGUGCGCCCUCCCCCAACUCUCUCCAGACUCUGCCCACUCAGACUUCGACCUCUACAGACGACAAACACGCUGGCUGCCCUGACACACACACACACACACACACACACACACACACACACACACACACACACACACACACACACACACACACACACACACACACACACACACACACACACACAGGUUGCUGUCUGAGAUUUAUGGAAUGCAGGGUCUGUGUUUUGACUGGAAGUUCAUUUAAUAAUAAAGUUUGAUAAUUUAUUAACAACA